CGAGUAGUGAGGUGCGUUUCACGUUCGUGUGCGCGAUCGUUGGCAAAAAUCAUCACAAAAAAUGCUGUUUUUCAUCACCGGCCACUUGCGGUCCGUGUAGCACAUCAGCGUACAGCAACCAAGCGCAAGGACAUCCUAAGGCACUGAACUGAACAAAAAACACAAUACACAUACACGAACAAACGCCAAACGAUGGCCACGAAUCCGAACGAGCUAGAGCUGGAGAAGAAGUACCUGGCCGACAUCGAGCGCGCCAUGGCCUUGAGCAUGGAGACGCUCGAGCUGGAAAAGAUACGGGCCAAGCAGCGCCAAAUGACACCGGAACUGGCCCGCGAUCCGAAGGCGGUCUCGCAGACGCUGGAUGAGUACCGGGCGUACCUGCAGCGCCGUGUCGCUUGUGGUACCGGAAAAGUUCUCCCACCAAGUGGGGCAUCCUCGCUGCUAGCCCCUCCGACGGAUCCCACGGCCGGUCCAUCCUCGUCCGGUCCGGUGCGACGGCAUAGCGAUUGUCGUAAUCCGGCCACCUUGCAACCGGGAACGGGCAACAACAAUGGGACGGCCGAGGCGGAUCUAAUAUCGUUCAAUGCAGUCCCGAAGCCACCCGAUCCGAAGGAGGAAGCGCGAAACAAUUUAAAGGAAUUGGUCGAUCAGAUACACCGGUAAGGGCGCGCCGGAAUGGAGUUCCAGAUAGAAACAGGUAACACGGCACCGACAUAUGAACAGGGAUUUAAAACGCAACGUAGUUUAAGUAUGACCGCCGCCACGUACGGGUUUCAUCCGGCGGCAUAUCUUUCUGUGGCGGCAACGCAACAACCACCGCAGCAGGUGGUGGCCGCGCCGCACCUCCAGGGUCCGUACAGUGCCGCCUCGAUGCAGCUGGUCCCGUACACCAAUCAGAAACCGAAACCACUCACACCGGAAGAGCUUCAGCGACUGUACAACAGCCCUCCGAUCUACGCCGUGGCUGCGGCAAGUGGAGGUCCACCACCCGUCUACGGGAGUACCAUAACUCCCCCCGUUUACGGUGUGGUACCAUCGGCUUACGGUGUCGCCCACUACCCCAACGCCACCACCUCGACGCCUUACCCAGCAUCAUCAAAUAUCCAGCAAACGGCCGCACCACCACAAGCAUCACAACCAUUAUCAUCACUACCUCAACCGUACGCGGCAUCGGUUGCUCCAACCCUUUACCCCGCCCUGCCCACCCCGGCAAACCCCCCGUUGCCCGUUGCCAACCCCGAGACGGCCGUCGUGCCCGUACCGAAGCUUGGCGCAACCGGGAGAUCCUAUUCCCAGCCGCAUAGCGUCAUCAUCGCCAGCAACAGACAACCGUCGCCGGCCCGUGCCCCGGACAGCGGAAGUGCCAGCGGCAGCAGUGUCGUCCUGCGCCCGAAAAGUGAUCCCUCGGGGCAGGGCAAACGGAACGGGGGCGCGAACGGCACCGAUCUGAUCGAUCUCGGGUUCGAGGACAACUCUCGCGUCUCGGUUCUGGAGGCGUUCGAUCCGCUGCUCUGUGGCAACCGUUCGUCCAGCAGCAGUGGCGAAGACGACAAAGAUGACACCUCGUCGACGUACUACGAGGAUUACGAUCCGUUCGAUUACAUCUACACCGGUGGCACGCAGUAUUCCGAUCCGGUGUACGAUGCGGUCGUCAACCGCUCGCUGUCGGACAAAACGGCCACACCGCUUUCGCCACCUGCUUCCCUGCUGUACGGUGCGAUCGGUUCCCUGCCACCCGGCACCCCCGGCAGCGGUUCCGUCGCCUACGGAUGGGUGCCUCCGCUGCCACACGAUGCCGAGGAAUGUCCAAAGGCAGCGAGCGGCGUCGGAGAGCACGGGGAACCGCCGCCACUACCGCCACGAAACACCGCCGGCAGCUUCUACCAUCCGAUGCUGGCCGGUUCCGUCGUGCCGAGCGAACCGCCAACGUACGAGGUGAUGCAACGCAAAGCGACUGGCGGCUCCGAGCGGCGCACCACGCCGUACAAGCUGUACGAGAACGUCGUGGUGCGGAAGAGCUACGAUAAGGAGCUGAUUUCGUUCUACAACAUGGUGAAGCAGCUGCGAGGUCAAUAUCGCUACGAUCACCUCGGUACGAACGUGGGCCACAUAGUGGCGGCAGAAUUCGAACAUCGCUACGCGGAAGGCACGAGCAUCAAGCUGCUGGUGCAUCCCGCAUUAGACUGCUUUAGCGGACAGGACCACCCGAAGGGCCAGCUGGAAGGCUACGGACCACCGAUACCAUUUACCUGUGAUAUUACGACAACGGUGGAACAUGUGAUCGCCCAGGUGUACUGUUCGCUCGAGGGCCAGAUACUACACGCGGUGAGCGAUUACGUGCUGAAGGCGAUCGGUAUACAGGAGAUUCUGUGCGGCCGAACGCGCCUCAAUCAGCUGCAGUGCGUGCACGACAGCGUGAAGCUGGAGCACGACGUCCAGCUCGGUUUCAUCCCGAAGACGGCGCGCAUCAUGAGAGCGAUCGCGCGCACCGCCCAGGACGACGCGCAGGACGCGGAGAUGCGGCUGGAGCAUCUCGUACCGAAGGAGACGUCGUACUCGAUCUGCUACGACGAUCUGAUGAUCCUGCUCGAAACGCUCGAGGCGGAGAUCGAGAAGCUGCAGUCGCUCGCCGACGACGGUCCGUCCGGCCGCUCGAUACUCACCUGUUCCGGCGUGAUACAGGCGGUGAAGGCGAUCUGCAACCUGCUCGGACCGCUCGAUACGCUGGAGAUAGCAAAGUCGAUCGACGAUCUGAGGGCGUGCUGCGAUCACGGGCAGACGGUGUACAGCUACGGGGACUCCGGGGACGGGCACGCGUAUGGGAACGGCAACCUGGCCAUCGUGUCGGAGAGUGGCGACUACGCGGAGGUGAAGCUGCGGCCGCGCACCAUCCCGCAGCAGAUCCGCUACCGGUGCAACGAGGUGCGGAACGCGAUCCAGGGUCUGCUGGAGAUCUACGCGCAGGCAUUCCGCGUCAACUUCACGGUCAACGUGCCCGAGUACAACGCGAACCCGAUCUCGAUCUCCGGCAUCUCGCAGUCGGUGAUGGUGAACGUGUCGUGUCUGCAUCGGCCACCGGUUCACUGGCGGCACGACGAGUACAAUCUGGGCGUGCAGAUCUAUCAUGGCGCGCGGUACAUCAGCGAACCGUAUGUGGUGCAGUGUUCGAACGAACUGUCCGGUAUCUACCCCCGGUUGACAUUUAACUCGUGGAUCAUGUUCCGCAACCCGGUGUGUACGUUACCGCGCGAGGCUCGGCUUGUGUUGGUGCUGUACGGUUGUGUUCGUGAACCGGUCGAUGGCGGAAGUGAUGCCGAGGGACGAUCAACCACUGGCGGUGGAGGAGGAGGAGGAGGUGGAGGAUCAACAGGUGGUGGAGGGGGAGGAUCGGGAACAACAAAUGCAGACCACCAUACCACGGGGGAUGGUGCCGGGCGGAUGGCAAAGAUCGAACUCGGCUGGUGUUCGCUGCAAUUCUUCGAUUUCGAACGCAAAAUGAUCCAAGGCUCGUACCUGCUACCGAUGUGGCCCCCGACGACGGACAAGUUUUUCGGUCCCGCUCCCUCCAAGGGUACGUACCCGAUCGGUGGAAGCUUCCCGAUCCUCGGCAUCGAGAUCCCGAGCUACGGUGGUGCGGUCGUGUUCCCGGAACCGAUCCGCAACCUACCGCCGGUGGUGCAGCUGGACUUUCACAGUCUCGAUCGGAACCUGCAGCAGGAGCUGAUCGAUACGGCCGAGCAGGGCUACUCGCCGGACAAGCUGGAGAAGCGUGAGGUGCUGUGGGAGAAGCGUCACUACCUGCAUCGGUUUCCGCACGCUCUUCCGAAGAUUUUGCAUGCCGCGCACAGCUGGGACUACGCGUGCUUGGCGGAUCUGCACGCGCUGAUCAAGUCGUGGACGGCUCUCACUCCGGUGCAGGCGCUCGAGCUGCUGUUGCCUCGCUAUCCCGACUUGGAAGUGCGCCGACAGGCGGUCGAGUGGAUCGCGGCGAUGGCAAACGACGAGUUCAUCGACUACCUGCCUCAGCUGCUGCAGGCCCUCAAGCACGACACGUACGAGGGAUCCCCGCUGGCGAUGCUUCUCCUCAGGAAGGCGCUCGAAUCGCCUCGCAUCGCGCAUCACCUCUACUGGCUGCUGCUGCACAGCUUACCGGGCGAAGCGCCCCAGAACAUGAUCGACACGCAGGAGACCGCCUGCGACGAGGUGCUGAUGAACCAGGCGCGCUACCACCGGCGCAACCAGCUGAUGCUCCGCGCGCUGCUGGCGAUCUGCGGCGAGAAGCUAACCGGUCGGUUUCUCUCGCAGAACAUGAUGUGCAAGCGGUUGGGCGAGGUGGCGCAGAGCGUCAAGAUGGCGAAGGACUCGCACCGCCUGCAGGUGCUCAAGCAGGGCCUCGAGUCGGUCAAUCAGAUGCUGAUCGAUGCACCGACCGUAUUGCCGCUCGAACCCGCCGCCGAAGUGACCGGGGUGAUCGUGCGCAACUGCAACUUCUUCAACUCGAACACGCUCCCACUGAAGAUUGUGUUCGCUGGCCCGGACAGGGUGAGCGUGCCGGCCAUCUUCAAGGCUGGGGACGACCUGCAGCAGGACGCACUCACCAUACAGAUGGUGCGCAUCAUGGACAAGCUGUGGUUGCGCGAGGGGCUCGACCUCAAGAUGGUCACGUUCAACUGCGUGCCGACGGCGUAUAAGCGGGGCAUGAUCGAGCUCGUGUCCGACUCGGAGACGCUGCGCAAGAUCCAGGUCGAGUGGGGCGUGACGGGUUCGUUCAAGGACAAGUCGAUCGCGGAAUGGUUGGCCAAGCAGAACCCGUCCCAGCUCGAGUACCAGCGGGCGGUGGAGAACUUUACGCGCUCGUGCGCCGGCUACUCGGUCGCGACCUACAUCCUAGGGAUUUGUGAUAGGCAUAACGAUAACAUUAUGCUCAAAACGUCCGGACAUCUGUUUCACAUCGACUUCGGCAAGUUUCUCGGUGACGCGCAGAUGUUUGGCAAUUUUAAACGUGAUCGAACGCCAUUCGUACUGACCUCCGAUAUGGCGUAUGUGAUAAACGGUGGCGAUCGGCCAUCGGCCAAGUUCCACCAGUUCGUCGACCUGUGCUGCACGGCGUUCAAUAUUGUGCGCCGCCACAGCGACCUGCUGCUGCACAUGUUCGCGCUCAUGACCACGUCCGGCAUACCGGGGGUGACGGUCGAGGCGGUCAACUACGUGCGCAAUGCGCUCCUACCGGGCCAGUCGAACCCGGAGGCGGCGGCCACCUUCGCCAAGAUGAUCCACAUCUCGCUCAAGUCGUGGUUCACGCAGUUCAACUUCUUCCUCCACAACAUCGCCCAGAUGAAGUUCUCCGCCGAGACGGGCGACGGUGAGCUGCUUAGUUUCAUUCCAAGGGUCUACACGAUGGCCCAAGAUGGUCGGCUGAAGACGGUAGCCGUGCACGGUUACCAGAAGCGGUACGAUCAGGAAAAGUAUUACACCUACAUCCUUCGGGUGGAGCGGCAACAUCAGCCGGACGCGGCGUAUCUGUUCCGCUCGUACAAGGAAUUCUGUGAGUUCCACCAGAAGCUCUGCCUUCACUUUCCGUUAGCCAAAUUGCAUAGUUUACCAUCCGGUAUACACGUCGGGCGCUCGAACGUCAAAGUCGUGGCCGAACGUCGUCUUCCAGAGAUUCGCCAGUUUCUCAUAUCGCUCUUCAACUCGGCCGAUGAAAUUGCACAUUCCGAACUAGUUUACACAUUCUUCCAUCCGCUGCUGCGCGACCAACAGGAGGCCGACAUCAACUCGGCCAAGGUGAAGGGUAUUCCCGCCGCAAUGGAGGACAACCAGCCGCCGCAGGUGGGUGGCAAGAUAAAGAUUUCAAUGCAGUACCACCGGGACACGCUGAUCGUGAUGAUUCACCACGCGCAAGCGCUACCGACGACGCCCGGUGGCCAACCGCCGAACACGUACGUCAAGGUGUACCUCAAGCCGGACAGCUCGAAGGCCACGAAGCGCAAGACCAAAGUCGUCCGGAAGAAUUGCAAUCCUAGCUUUAUGGAAACGUUGGAGUACCGGCUCCCGCUCGAGUUCAUCCAGAAGAAGUUGCUGCAGGUGACCAUCUGGUCGCAUGAUUCGCUGCAGGAGAAUGCGUUCCUCGGUGGGUUCGAGAUUCCGCUGGCUGAGAUUGAUCUGCGGCGGGAAACGUUACAGUGGUACCAGCUCGGAUACCUGUCGCGGGUUUAGUGGGACGACGUCUCAUUCUGUGUUCCUCGCUACUCUGUCGCUGUGCAUUUCAUUGUAUUAUUUUUGUCUAACUACUUUCUUAUAUGUCCGCUGCUAGGUUGUCACGAUAUACUCAAAGCAAAGAAGAUGAUGAAAAAGAGAGAGAGCGAGAGUGAUCUAUACAUGUCCGUAUUCCGUUAGUGUCCGUAACGUUUUGCUGUAAAAGAUCACAGACAUUUCUGUGGCACAGCAAAUGCUAGAUAAUAUGUUCGCAAUGCCCGGAAUCAUUUGCACACGGUUUCGAUGCUGCAAAUAGCCGUUUUAGAAAGUCUAUUUUAUGUUUUCCAUUUAUUUUCUCUUCCGUGUGUAUAAUUUUCUUAUAAAAGUAGCUAUGUAAAAAGGACACCGCCUUCAACCAAGGUUCCCUCGUCGAAGUGAUGUCUAGGUUAGCUAAGGGAUAGUGCGUGUGCUCGGUAAGGACUUAGUUUCCACGUGUUUUCUUUUUGUCUGUAGCUUUGUGCUUUGCAUUUGCUAAGUGUUGUAUCAUAAAGAAAGGAUAUUUUUAUUUAUUUUCAUAUUUUUGAAAAGCGUUGGUACAGGUAAACAUAAACCUUCCCCCCGUGGCCGGCCGGAGGCCAGGUAUACCAAAACAAACAGCUACUGCUGACUAGGCGUUUGGAAUGACCCGGGGCUGGGCCCGUGGGGCGCGAGGUAAAGAUGAAGCAAAUAUACCUAUAUUAAAAUUUA